AUGUCACGUGAUAUGCUUACGUCAUUAGAGCGGGGAAGUCAUCUGAUUGGCUCUGGCGCAAUCACGAGCUACGAACGGCACCUUGUACGGAGUAACUCCAGCACAUCACAUCUCCAAUCGGCGCAUACUGAAGCUCGCGCUCGUUUGAAUACCUCUCUUGAGUUGCCCUUUACUCCCAAGAAAUAACAGAUAUUUUAACUUGCCUCGUCAUUCAAUCAUGGCGCCGGGGCUUGAAGAUCCCCGGAUGUCUUCCGUCCAACCUCGCAUCCGGUACAAUACCAUUGGGGGUAUCAACGGCCCUCUGGUGAUUCUUGACAAUGUCAAAUUCCCAACAUACAACGAAAUCGUGUCCUUAACGUUGCCUGAUGGCUCCGAGCGAGCUGGUCAGGUCCUUGAAGCCAGGGGGAAUAGAGCCGUCGUGCAGGUGUUUGAAGGAACAUCUGGCAUCGAUGUGAAGAAGACCACAGUCGAAUUCUCCGGUCACAGUCUCAAGCUCGGUGUGUCCGAAGACAUGUUGGGUCGAGUAUUUGACGGAUCCGGUCGCGCAAUCGAUAAAGGCCCCAAGGUCCUCGCGGAAGACUAUCUCGAUAUUAACGGCAGUCCCAUCAACCCUUACUCCAGAGUGUACCCCGAAGAAAUGAUCUCUACGGGUAUCUCGGCCAUUGAUACCAUGAACUCGAUCGCUAGAGGGCAGAAGAUACCAAUUUUCUCCGCCGCUGGUCUUCCGCACAAUGAAAUUGCUGCCCAAAUUUGUCGUCAAGCUGGCCUUGUGAAACCGACAAAGGAUGUGCAUGACGGACACGAGGAGAAUUUCUCUAUCGUGUUCGCCGCUAUGGGUGUGAACAUGGAAACUAGUCGAUUCUUUACAAGAGACUUCGAGGAGAAUGGCAGUAUGGAGCGCGUCACAUUGUUUUUGAAUCUUGCCAACGAUCCUACGAUUGAGCGUAUUAUUACACCUCGCCUUGCGUUGACUACUGCAGAGUAUUAUGCGUAUCAAUUGGAGAAGCACGUCCUUGUCAUCUUGACAGAUCUGUCGGCGUAUUGUGAUGCUCUUCGUGAGGUCUCAGCUGCCCGUGAAGAAGUGCCAGGUCGACGUGGUUAUCCCGGUUACAUGUACACUGACUUGUCUACGAUCUACGAACGAGCUGGUCGUGUAGAAGGUCGUAAUGGCUCUAUCACCCAGAUCCCAAUUUUGACUAUGCCUAACGAUGACAUCACACAUCCUAUUCCCGAUUUAACAGGAUAUAUCACCGAGGGACAGAUUUUCGUUGACCGUCAACUUUACAACAAGGGUAUCUACCCGCCUAUUAACGUGUUGCCGUCGCUAUCUCGUCUCAUGAAAUCUGCCAUUGGUGAGGGACGUACUCGUAAAGACCACGGCGACGUAUCCAACCAGCUCUACGCCAAGUACGCCAUUGGACGUGAUGCAGCCGCCAUGAAAGCUGUCGUUGGUGAGGAAGCUCUGUCCGCUGAGGACAAGCUCUCUCUGGAGUUCCUUGAAAAAUUCGAACGAACAUUUAUCGCGCAGUCGCCGUAUGAGUCCCGUACAGUCUUUGACUCGCUGGACAUCGCCUGGAACUUGCUCCGCAUUUAUCCCAAGGACCUCCUUAAUCGCAUUCCGAAGAAGGUCAUUGAUGAAUUUUAUCAGCGAUCCGCUAAGAGUCGAUCCAGGAAGCCAACUAAAGACACUAGGGAUACUAGCGGCGGCGACGCCGUUGCUGAGGGCAACCUAAUUGAUGCGUGAUGGGGGUUACUAUUUAGAAUGAGGGCAGGUAUUGGUCUCGUUUGAUUGCGUUCAGCGCCGAUAAACCCCUUUGCCGAAUAACUUUCUUGGGGGUCAACUGGGGGUUUAUUAAUAAUUGUAAGCUACAGUUUUGGACUGAAUAUAGCCCUGUAUACGGAG